AUGGAUACAUCUUCUACCACCACCAUACACACUGAGUCCACACCAACAGGAACACCCACCCAGUUUUCCCAUACAACCACAACUUUGCCACACACAGCCCCCUAUCACAGCACAACUCCAGAGUCAUUUACAGGUCCUACCACAUCCUCCGUCACCACUCCCAAACCCACAACCACUGCACCAAUUUCUAACUUGACCACCACUACUGCCGCCUCCUCUACUACAACUAUCCCCUACACUGGUUCCAUCACUACAAUGUCUACCACACCAGACACUCUUGCCUCUCUGACACCUACCAGGGCUCCUGGCACACUGAGCUCUAGUGGAAUUAAAUACGCAACUGCAACACAAUCCGCUAUACACACACAAGACAAUACAACCCAUUAUCCACCUUCACCAGUGACUACCACUAGCAUUCAUACAACAGUAAAGUCAUCAGCUGUCCCACCCACCUUUCAUACCUCUUCCACCCCAUUCACCAUACCCACUGUCACAGGGACUUCUGAGUCCACACCAAAAGGGAAACCCACCCAGUCUUCCCCUACAACCACAACUUUACCACACACACACCCUCAUCAGAGCACAACGCAGGUCUCAUCUGCAGGUCCUACCACAUCCUCAGUCACCACUCCCAAACACACAACCACUGCACCAAUUUCUAACUUCACCACCACUAAUGCCGCCUCCUCUACUACAACUAUCCGCUACACUGGUUCCAUCCAUACAAGGUCUACCACACCAGCCACUCUCAGCUCUCUGACACCUACUAGUGCUCCUGGCACAUUGAGCUCUAGUGGGAUUAAAUACACAACUCCAACACAAUCCCCUACACACACACAAUAUGCCCCCUAUCACAGCACAACUCCAGAGUCAUUUACAGGUCCUACCACAUCCUCCGUCACCACUCCCAAACCCACAACCACUGCACCAAUUUCUAACUUGACCACCACUACUGCCGCCUCCUCUACUACAACUAUCCCCUACACUGGUUCCAUCACUACAAUGUCUACCACACCAGACACUCUUGCCUCUCUGACACCUACCAGGGCUCCUGGCACACUGAGCUCUAGUGGAAUUAAAUACGCAACUGCAACACAAUCCGCUAUACACACACAAGACAAUACAACCCAUUAUCCACCUUCACCAGUGACUACCACUAGCAUUCAUACAACACUUGGUCAUCACUACUGUCACCUCCUCUGCUACAACGAGCCCCCACACUGGUUCCGUCCAUACAAUGUCUACCACGCCAGCCACUCUCAGCUCUCUGACACCUACUACUGCUCCUGGCACAUUGAGCUCUAG